UGUUGUGCACGCGAGCCUGCGGGAGGGGUGUGUGUGUGAGAGUCCGUAGUCUUAAAAUGGGGGCCCGGCGAGCGCUGCAUUUCGUGUUCAAAGUCGCCGACCGAGCCCAGACCGUCCGCUUCUACCGGGAGGUUUUGGGCAUGCGCGUCCUAAGACAUGAAGAAUUUGAAGAAGGUUGCAAAGCUACCUGUAAUGGUCCCUAUGAUGGCAAAUGGAGUAAAACCAUGGUGGGGUAUGGUCCAGAAGAUGAUCAUUUUGUGGCGGAGCUAACCUACAAUUAUGGUGUCGGAGACUAUCGUCUUGGCAACGACUUUCUGGGGAUGACUGUCGUGUCCCACCAAGCAGUGAGCAAUGCCAGGAAGCUGGAGUGGCCCCUCAAGGAAAUCUCAGGAGGCAUUUAUCUAGUGGAAGCUCCUGGAGGCUACAAAUUCUACCUGGAAGACAGAGAGUCACCGAAGCCAGAUCCAGUGCUGAAGGUGACCUUAGCUGUCUCCAGUCUUCCGAGGUCGGUGGCCUUCUGGUCCAAGUUGCUGGGCAUGAAGAUCUACCAGGAGGAUGAGCCCCAGCAACGCGUUCUGCUCGGCUAUGCGGAGGACCAGUGCAAAUUGGAGCUGCGAGGCAUUGGCCAAGCUGUGAAUCAUGGCACAGCCUUUGGACGGAUUGCCUUCUCCUGCCCAAAGGAGCAGCUUCUGGAUAUCGAAGCCUUGAUGAAAAAGGAGAAUCAGAAAAUUCUGACGCCUUUCGUGAGCCUGGACACCCCAGGAAAAGCGACCGUCCAAGUGGUCAUCUUGGCGGACCCCGAUGGCCACGAAAUCUGCUUUGUUGGGGGCGAAGGCUUUCGGGAGCUUUCCAAGGUGGACCCGAAUGGUGGGAAGCUCUUAGAUGAGGCAAUGGCGGCCGACAGGAGCGACGAAUGGUUUGCCAAGCGUAACAUCACGAAGCCUUCUGCCUAGGCGGAGCAGCUGAGACAGCCGGUGUAGCCGUUUGGGUCUCCUUGUGUCUUCUGACCAUGUAGCCUUAGCCUGAGCUGUGCUUUUAAGAAAUCAUGAUGUAAAGACCAGUGCCAUCUCCCCCGUUUUGAAUUGAUGCUCCUUCCCUGAAGGCGGGGAACGACCUACAAGGGGGAAGGGGGUUUGCAGUGAGAAAAGGUAAUCAGAGGAAAUGGCCGAUUGAGUCUGGAUCCAACCCAUUCUUUGGCUUGGAGGCCCUGGGCAGGGAAGAUACCGACAUCUAUGACAGUCAGGUUCCGUUUGGCUUCUGCUGGGGCACAUAGGCAAGAAAUCACACUUUUGAGUCUGUAGUUUCUAGUGCAAAAACACUUUCAGGUGCCCAUCCCCGAUCUUUGUUAAGGUGGUGAGAGAGAGUUAGGAAACCCAAAACGUAUCUUGCAUGCUUUAACUCAGGUUUCAUCCUACUUUCUCUGAAUUUGCAGUGAGGCAUUCUAUUCCUGGCUUGCCCUGGCUGCUUGAUAACGGCAUUUCUUGCGCAUUUGUCUGAACAAUGGCUUUUCCCCCCCAAAAAAAACUCUGUUCCCUACACUGGCAUAGUGUGUCUCGUAUGGCUGGAGUGGGCAAGACGGGCGGCUCAAAACCUGGGCGCUGAUGAUCAGCAGCUGCUUCUGUGACUUCAAAUAUACAGAAAUGUGCCUGACUCCAAAGAGAAGCCCCAUGGCAUCUGCUCCAGCAUGGUGUGCCAGUGAGCUGAUGGAUGUCAGAUGGCAGCAGAGAGCUUCCUGAGCAUCCUUUCAGUCGGUUUUGCAAGCGACUGGGACCGGACUGGCCUGCCGCCCAUGUUUCGACUCAACGGAACAUCAGGAGGAAGAGGAGUAUCUUUUUCAUUUUGCAGAAACAAGUGGGAGAGCACUCAAAUAGUCCCCAAAUUAGUUUUCCAGUCAGCUCCUCCGGACGUACUUGGUUGGUUGCCAGCCCCUUCCUUGCUGGCCAGGAAAAUAAUCCACAGUUGUUUUCCGGAAAGGGGGCUAGGGGCAGGAAGGGAAGGGAAAGUAGAAAUGUGAUGUCUUCACAAGGCUGUUCUUUAAAAACAUGGAACCGUAGACAAGGGCUGGCAAGCCCCCCCCCACACACACACACACAUUCCAUGUGGCAACCGUCCAGUUGGUAAUGCCACUCCAGCUUCCUUUUUGACUUCUUUCUGCCACCCCCUCCCAUUCACGGUUUCUUGGCCAAAUGUUGUUCUACUGUACAAUGUUGCUUUGGAGUUGCAUAACAGAUUCAAAGGCCUUUUUUGUAGGGGGCAGCUGCUCUGAGGCCCCCCCUCCAGUUCCGCAGAGCAGGCUGUGGUUUUCCAGAAUAAAGAACCUUUG